AUGGAUGCCAUCAUGCUGCAGGAGAAACUAGUGGAACGACUCCUGUGCCCUCGAGUGAGAACAGCUAGACAGAAGGAGAAGCAGUAUGUGGGCUUUGCCACUCUGCCCAACCAAGUGCAUAGGAAGUCUGUGAAGAAAGGCUUUGAUUUCACGCUCAUGGUGGCAGGCGAAUCGGGAAUGGGCAAGUCCACGCUGGUCAACAGCUUGUUCCUCACAGACCUCUACAAAGACAGAAAGCUUCUGAAUGCUGAGGAGCGAAUCAACCAGACGGUGGAGAUCAUCAAACAUACGGUGGACAUAGAGGAGAAAGGAGUCAAGCUCAAGCUCACCAUCGUGGACACGCCGGGUUUCGGAGAUGCUGUCAACAACAAUGAGUGCUGGAAGCCUAUCACAGACUACAUCGAUCAGCAGUUUGAGCAGUACUUCCGAGAUGAGAGCGGCCUCAAUAGGAAGAAUAUCCAGGACAACCGGGUCCACUGCUGCCUCUACUUCAUCCCCCCAUUUGGGCAUGGAUUGCGUCCAGUGGAUGUUGAAUUCAUGAAAGCUCUACACGAAAAGGUAAACAUCAUCCCGCUCAUCGCCAAAGCCGACUGCCUCACACCCAGCGAAAUCAAGAAGCUGAAGGACCGAGUACGAGAGGAAAUCGACAAGUUUGGCAUUAAAGUCUAUCAGUUCCCUGAAUGUGACUCAGAUGAGGAUGAGGAGUUCAAACAACUUGACAAAGAGCUGAAGGAGUGCACCCCAUUCGCCGUGAUUGGCAGUAACACAGUGGUGGAAGCUCGAGGACAACGAGUACGAGGGCGGCUGUACCCCUGGGGAAUCGUUGAAGUGGAAAACCAAUCCCACUGUGACUUUGUGAAGCUUAGGAACAUGCUGAUCCGCUCGCACAUGCACGAUCUCAAAGAUGUCACAUGUGACGUCCACUAUGAGAACUACAGAGCGCAGUGCAUACAGGAGAUGACAAGUAAACUGGCCCAGGACAAUCGCAUGGAGAGCCCCAUCCCUAUCUUGCCGCUGUCCACCCCGGAUGUGGACACUGAAAAACUGAUUAAAAUGAAAGAUGAGGAGCUGAAGAGAAUGCAAGAGAUGCUGACUAAAAUGCAGCAACAGAUGCACGAGAAAGACUAG